GGAACUUUAUUCUCAUUUUUAGCUUCAAAGCCUGCGUCAACGCUGCGCCGUACUAAUUCUGUGCCAACCAUGAAAGCCACGGCUACCGCCGGAAAAAAAAGCGGCAAGAGAUCCUUGGCUGAUGUUUUAGACGAAGAACUUGUCGCAAAGCGAAUGAGAAGGGAAAUUUGCAACGAGGAUCGAGGUUCAAGCCAAUGUCUACAAUCCGCAGCGGGCCUUGGGUCAAAGGGGAGGCGACCAUCCACAAGCAUCAGUCGCCAUUCGUCUCAAGCAGUUGGCCAGAAUAGUCCCCCAACACAUGCUAAGGAAAACAUCAGCCCCUGUACCCCUAUGGAAGGCGAACUUGAUGAGAAUCCAGACCUCGUCAAUCAAGAAGAUGGAUACAUUUCCCCAACGCAGUCCUACUUCCGAUCAGCUACGCCUGACUUGUCUUCUCCCAUGCGGCAUCCGCGUGAGGGAUCUCGGCACGACCAUACAAUUGUGGAUGACUUCGGAGCAGACAUCAUUUCAAGUCCUGUGGCAAGGCGACGUUUGAGAUCCGAUGAUGUUCUCACUGAGUCCCAUGUUAUGGCACCGGCGAGUGUCCUCGUCCGACGUACGCCAUCGCCAUCGCCAUCAGACGGAAUGGCAGGCCCUGAUCUUCACGGCGUCCUUCAAACUUAGGAUCAACGCCCCCGGAAGAUAACUCAUGUCCAUCUGUAGACGAGGUGUCGGAGGACGAGAACAUUGACACGGGAGGGCGUUUGCGUGGAUCUCGAGUAGAGAUCGUCACAAACGGGUGGUGGAACAAGUGGGCAUGGAAAUCAGAACCAGGGACUGGGACCGUGAGUGGGUUACCU